AUGCGGGGGGUAAAUCCACCGGUUGAUGAACCUGAAUAUGAUGAACAGUCCGAAUCUGUUGCCCUGCUCGGCUCCUGGAAAGGGGAGCGCCCUCAGCUGCUUGGUACAGCGGAGAAAAGAACAUCAAAUCUCUCCUCGAACGACAACCUUAAGGGCCUACCACUGGGCGUUCCUCACGCUGAAAAACGCUUCUGGUUUCAAAGGGGCACUGCAUGUGACCCCGAUGCAAUUGCGACUCUUCCUAGCGUCUUUGAUGAUAGUGAUACUGCACGUGAAUAUUAUCCUCGAGACGACUGGUGGGUCUUUCUUGAUUGUCUCUCCACUGGAAUUGACAACGAAAGGGAAAAUAUCCAUCGGUUCGAUCCGUCCGCUCGGUGGACCUGGCGAGAGGAACAUAAGCUUAUCCGCAAGAUUGACAUUAGGAUCAUGAUUUUCGCUUGUAUCAUGUUUAUGGCCCUUGAAUUGGACCGUGCGAAUAUCCUCCAAGCACUUACUGACAACUUUCUGGAAGACCUGAACCUCACUACCAACGACUAUAAUCUUGGGAAUACCGUCUUCAAGCUCUCGUUCCUCUGUGCAGAAGUUCCCUCUCAACUGGCAUCCAAGUGGAUAGGACCUGAUCGUUGGAUACCUGCGCAAAUGUCCAUUUGGUCCGUCGUGGCAGCAACCCAGUUCAUGCUUUCGGGACGAACUUCGUUUCUAGUCACCCGAUCACUGCUUGGGCUUCUACAGGGCGGUUUCAUUCCUGACGUCAUUUUAUACCUUUCUUAUUUCUAUAAACACCAUGAGUUGUCACUCCGCAUGGGAUUCUUUUGGAUGGCAAUGAGUCUGGCAGACAUGCUGGCAGGAGUCUUUGCAUAUGGAUUGUUGCACAUGAGGGGAAUAGAGGGCCAUGCUGGUUGGCGCUGGAUGUUCCUUAUCGAGCUUACUUCUCUGCCGGCACUCUUCACCUUGGUCAUAGGAGCACUUGCGUUUGGCCUAAUGCCAUCAUCUCCGACCCAUACAGCCAGCUGGUUUCGAGGACAAAAGGGUUGGUUUACACCAAGGGAAGAGGUUAUCAUGAUUACCCGGGUCAUACGGGAAGAUCCUAGUAAGGGCGAUAUGCAUAACCGACAGCCGAUCACACCUAUGCUGCUGUGGAAAUGUUUGAAAGACUAUGAUCUAUGGUAUCACAAGCUUCUGCUCCAAGAAGAUGCUGUGGCUAACAAGUAUAAAGGCCAAUCUAUGUUCUAG